CCCAGCCAAGGCGAGACACACCCAUGAAUAUCACAAGACGUGCGAGUACCGCCAAAAAGGUACGGCGGAUUAUAUGGUGGGGGGAGCCCAAGGGUGCUUUAAAUGCAGUUCGCGUCUGGAAUGUCCUGCAUUUGCACUUGCCCAUAAUACGCACUGUCGCACGAAGCACAGACUCUGCACAUUUGACUGCUUUCCUCAGACCGUAUACAUGCCAGUCAGCCUCGUCGCAGUGCGUGCACCUUAUCUACUUCUAUUCAGCGGCGUUCAGGCUGCUGUCUGGGGGUGGCUCUAUACCCAGACACAGAGUCCACGGAUGAUGCGCGGGUUCACAUCACACUAUCAUGCAUCCAAAGGCUUUGUGGAACCAUCCCUCGCCCAUAGCCCAGACGACUGGCGUUUCGUCGUGCUGUAUUGCUCCGGCGAGUUGGGACCGAAUUAAUCUACAACACAAUUUGUGAGACCAAUGAAGAAGACGAACACGACACCAUUGUACAAUUAGCCUGUAUCAUCUGCAUCGCUCCUGCAUUUCGAGCACUUAACUUAUCAUGUUGAAGAACAACAUCGAUGAUUGGCGUUACAGCAGCGCUUUCAUGAGUGCUUCCUUGUGCGAUAAUCCAGCAGUGCUAUUUGAGUCAUAUGCAGAAUCAGGUUUCUG